GGCUAAGCUUCCGGGCUAGCUUGACACCAGUGGCACAAGCUGAGAGAGAGCGGACAGGGAGCCCGCUGCUGCCACCUCAACAUGGAGUAGCGAGACUCCAGCAUUUACAGCUAAGAAGCGGAUCCCAUAGAGAGGAAUACGCGACGGCCUCUGUUUAUUUCAUCCGCCGAAGAGCCUGCAAAUGAUACAGCGACACACAUUUCUUGUAAACGCAAAGGAAAGCUCGGCUUUUGUUUGAAAGAUGGCGAACGACUCUCCAGCUAAAAGUCUAGUAGACAUAGACUUGGCUUCAUUGCGGGAUCCAGCUGGGAUAUUUGAAUUGGUGGAGGUAGUUGGAAAUGGCACCUAUGGACAAGUAUACAAGGGACGACACGUCAAGACUGGACAGCUGGCUGCCAUCAAGGUCAUGGACGUCACAGAGGAUGAAGAGGAGGAAAUUAAACUGGAGAUCAAUAUGUUGAAGAAGUAUUCCCACCACAGAAACAUAGCCACCUACUAUGGUGCUUUCAUUAAGAAAAGCCCCCCGGGACACGAUGACCAGCUAUGGCUGGUGAUGGAGUUCUGUGGAGCUGGUUCCAUCACAGACCUGGUGAAGAACACCAAGGGGAACCAGCUGAAGGAAGACUGGAUCGCCUACAUCUCCAGAGAGAUCCUCAGAGGUCUGGCCCAUUUACAUGCCCACCACGUCAUCCAUCGUGACAUCAAGGGCCAGAACGUCUUGCUGACUGAGAAUGCUGAAGUUAAACUAGUGGACUUUGGUGUGAGUGCUCAGCUGGAUCGGACAGUGGGACGGAGAAACACCUUCAUCGGGACUCCUUAUUGGAUGGCUCCUGAGGUUAUCGCUUGUGACGAGAACCCAGACGCUACAUACGAUUACAGAAGUGAUCUGUGGUCUUGUGGUAUCACAGCUAUUGAAAUGGCUGAAGGAGCGCCACCUCUGUGUGACAUGCACCCUAUGCGUGCGCUCUUCCUCAUUCCAAGAAACCCUCCUCCUAGGCUCAAAUCCAAAAAAUGGUCCAAAAAGUUUUUCAGUUUCAUCGAGAGCUGUCUGGUGAAGAACUACACGCAGCGUCCCCCGACGGAGCAGCUGCUGAAGCACCCCUUCAUCCGCGACCAGCCCAACGAGAGGCAAGUCCGCAUACAGCUCAAAGACCACAUCGACCGGACCAAGAAGAAGAGGGGAGAGAAGGAUGAGACAGAGUAUGAGUACAGUGGCAGCGAGGAGGAGGAAGAGGAUCCCCCAGAGCAGGAGGGAGAACCCAGCUCCAUUGUCAAUGUGCCAGGUGAGUCUACUCUCCGCCGCGACUUCAUCCGCCUGCAGCAGGAGAACAAGGAGCGCUCAGAGGCGCUUCGCCGCCAGCAGCUCCUCCAGGAGCAGCAGCUCCGGGAGCAAGAGGAGUACAAGCGCCAACUACUGGCCGAGAGGCAGAAACGCAUUGAGCAGCAGAAGGAGCAGAGGAGGCGGCUGGAAGAGCAACAGCGACGUGAACGGGAGAUGAGGAGGCAACAGGAGCGUGAGCAGCGUCGCCGUGAGCAAGAGGAGAAGAGGCGUAUUGAAGAGAUGGAUCGUAGACGUAAAGAAGAGGAGGAACGCCGGCGGGCCGAGGACGAGAAGAGGAGGAACGAUCGCGAACAGGAGUACAUCCGACGUCAGCUGGAGGAGGAGCAGAGACACCUGGAGAUGCUGCAGGAGCAGCUGCUCCGUGAACAGGCCAUGCUGCUGGAGUUCAAGUGGCGGGAGCUCGAGGAGCAGCGCAAGGCCGAGCGACUCCAUAAGCGCCUGCAGCAGGAGCAGGCCUACCUGCUGUCGCUCCAGCACGAAUCCAAACAGCAGCCUGGCGACAAGACCAAAAUCCCCUCAGACCAUAGCAAACCCCCACAGACCACCUCCACCCUGCCCCCUGACAGAACCCUAGCAACAGCCCCGCAAGCUCAGGUCCUUGACAGCGUCGUUUCUGUAGCGAGAGGAGCUCACGAGUCCUCCCGAGCCCCUCAGACCACCCCCUCUGACGGCGCUAAAUCCCAGGCAGCAAUGCCAGAAAAGACUGACGCUGUUGAGACCUGUCCCGGCCAGCCCACAAACUCCCCCAGCCCCAGCCCCGCUCAGACUGAAACCCCAACUGACUCUAAACCUCCCCAGGCAGAGAGUUCGGAGCCCGACAGGCCCGCCGAGUCUGUCAGUCAUCCUCCUCAGCCUAUCAGAGAGGCCGACGAGCGGUAUCGCAAGAAUAUUCAGGGCUCCCCUCAGACAGCCCCUCCUCCCAAGCAGCCCCCUCUGCCUCCCCGCUCCUCUGAACCGUUCUCCAAUGGCGGCUCCUCCUCCGAGGCCUCCGCCAUGCACCGGCCCAUGGAGCCUCAGGUCCAGUGGUCCCACCUGGCUGCUCUAAAAAGCAGCAACAGCGCCGCCCCCUCUCCUCCUCCUCCUCCUCCUCCGCCCGUGGUCUCUCGCUCCCAGUCCUUCAGCGAGCCCGGCGGCGUGAACUCUAGCUUUGCACAACUCCACCUCCGUUCCCAGGACCCCCACCAUCACCACCACCACCACCACCACCACCCAUCGCCCGCACGCACUGACCCCCAGCCCCAACCUCCCCUCCACCACCACCCUCAGGCCCAGACUAGGGCCGAGCACCAGGCCAGCAGCGAGGAGGUGCCUCCCAAGGUACCAGUGAGGACAACAUCCAGGUCUCCUGUACUGUCGCGCCGAGAGUCCCCUCUGCCGUCUCAGCCCGGCAACCAGGGCGGACAGAGGAACGCCAGUAACGUGGAGCAGCGCCCGCUGUGGGACCGAGUGGAGAAGCUGCAGCCUCGGCCCGGCAGCGGCAGCUCCUCCGGCUCCUCCAACUCCAGCUCCCAGGCCAGUCCUGGGGACCGCUUUAGGCCACGCUGUGAGUCUCCUGCUUCCUCCAAAUCUGAAGGAUCGCCUCUCCAGCGGCCUGAAAAUGUUCCCAAAAAACAAGAUGAAAAGAACCUCGCCAGGCCUACUCGACCAGCUGACCUGACUGCUCUGGCCAAGGAGCUCCGCGCAGUAGACGACGUGCGGCCCAUCCACAAGGUCACUGACUACUCCUCCUCAAGCGAGGAGUCCGGCACCACUGACGAGGACGACGACGAGGAGGUGGACCAGGAGGCCGGAGAGGAGUCCACUUCGGGAGCUGAGGACUCCAGAGCUGGAUAUCCCCAUGGCUUCUACAGGAGGAUGAGUAACGGGGAGACGGAGUCCGCUAAGACAAUGCUGGUUGAAGACUCGGAGAGCGACCAAGCCACCACACCCUCCAAGGACGGCACGCUGGUCAUCAGGCCGAGCACGGUUGACAUAAAGCGGUUGGUCAAUCUCUCAUCCUCCUCCUCCUCCUCCUUCUCCUCUCCCUCGGCUGGCUCUGGUCUCGGCCACGGCCAGCCCCAGCCCCCCGGCCACGGCCUCGCAGAGAAAAACGGCUUUGCCGGCCGCAUACACCACCUGCCAGACCUUAUCCAGCAGAGCCAUCACCCCCCUUCCUCCACCACAACCAUCCCCUGCUCCUCCUCCUCCUCCACCUCGUCCUCCUCCUCUUCCUCCUUCCCCUCGUCAUCUAGCCAUGCCAGUCCUGCCAUGUCCCCACAGAUCCCCCUGGACAAGCUCACUGCCAUAGAGUCCCAGUCAGAGAGCAACUCCAUGUCCAAACACAAGUCUUCCUCUUCCUUCACUCCCUUCAUCGACCCACGCCUUCUCCAGAUCUCUCCAUCCAGCGGCAGCUCCCUCAACAACAUGGCUGGAUUUGGGCAGGACGGACGGCUGGUGGAUCCGCUGAGGGUCGACCCGUCCCGUAAGGGCUCGGUGGUCAAUGUCAACCCGGUCAACACGCGCCCGCCAAGCGACACGCCAGAGAUCCGCAAGUACAAGAAGAGGUUCAACUCGGAGAUCCUAUGUGCUGCACUCUGGGGGGUAAACCUGCUGGUGGGGACAGAGAGCGGUCUGAUGCUGCUGGACCGAAGCGGUCAGGGUAAGGUCUACCCCCUGAUCAACCGGCGACGCAUCCAACAGAUGGAUGUCCUGGAGGGACUCAAUGUCCUGGUCACCAUAUCAGGUAAAAAGAACAAGCUGCGGGUGUAUUACCUGUCGUGGCUCCGAAACAAGAUUUUGCACAACGACCCUGAGGUGGAGAAGAAGCAGGGCUGGGUCAAUGUGGGCGACCUGGAGGGUUGCGUCCACUACAAAGUCGUGAAGUAUGAGAGGAUUAAGUUCUUGGUGCUGGCCUUGAAGAAUUCUGUGGAGGUGUACGCCUGGGCACCCAAACCCUACCACAAAUUCAUGGCCUUUAAGUCUUUUGGCGACCUGGUGCACAAGCCUCUACUGGUUGACCUGACGGUGGAGGAGGGUCAGAGGUUAAAGGUCAUCUACGGCUCCUGCUCAGGCUUCCAUGCUGUGGAUGUGGAUUCCGGUGCCGUCUACGACAUCUACCUGCCCACACAUAUCCAGACCAGCAUCCAGUGUCACGCCAUCAUCAUCUUACCCAACACCGACGGGAUCGAGCUGCUGGUGUGUUACGAGGACGAGGGAGUCUACGUCAACACCUACGGGCGCAUCACUAAGGACGUGGUGCUGCAGUGGGGAGAAAUGCCAACUUCAGUGGCCUACAUUAGGUCAAACCAGAUCAUGGGCUGGGGUGAGAAGGCCAUAGAGAUCCGCUCUGUGGAGACGGGACACCUGGACGGCGUCUUCAUGCACAAGAGAGCCCAGAGACUCAAGUUCCUUUGUGAGAGGAAUGACAAGGUCUUCUUUGCCUCUGUGCGCCCCGGAGGAGCCAGCCAGGUGUACUUCAUGACCCUGGGACGCACCUCCCUCAUGAGCUGGUAGCCAUCUUCCCAAAAACGACAACAACAAAAAACACCAGCCCAAUGCGAUGACCAUACCUAAAGCGGCGACCAACAGAUGACGAUUGUGACUACGACCAUGAUGACGAUGAAGAAGAGAAACAAGCCUUGAGCUGGAGAAGCAUCUCUGUGUGGAGCGGGGGGAGGGGGGAGGCUUCGCUCUCACCUGCUCAAACAACGGAUUGGACUGUAAUCAUGAAAUGGAAGCGAGGUAUGGGGGUGUGUGUGUGUAGGAGGGGGGGAGGUGCUGUUUGUGUGCACUGUCACAAAUCCACUUAGUGUGCUAUAUUACAAAAAACAGAACCCCCCCCCUUCCUCCUCCACCUCCUGCCACGAGCCUCCAGGUUUUUCUCACCCCCUACCCCCGGCCUUGUUGCCCAACCUUUGAACCGAACCCACUCCUCCUCUUCCUCUGCGGGACGUGGGGAUCUGUUGCCUGUUGAUGGUAAAAUCUUUUAUGUGUCAUAGUAAAACUUUGCAUCGUGUAUGUGUGUGAAUGGAGGAAAACACUGAGCAUGUGAAUGGAAAAAAGUGUGUUUGUCUGAAGUGGGGAGGGGGGGCAGUAAGAGGCUAAACGUGGCGGCCGUUGCUGUAUCGAACAAGGCGAACACUGCACGUGCCGCGCGUUGUGUUUAGCUGUUUGUGGCUGUGUUUAGUCCAGGUCCUGUUUGGGUAAAAUUAACUCCUAUUCCCUCCAUGAUAGAUUUCCACGUCAAGCACAUCACUAAACACUAGUUCACAGUCACAGUUUUACUCCCGUAAACAAUGCUUGACUUGUAAAUCUGCCUCUGCGUCUUCACUUUUUUGCCUUCUCCUCCUUAAAGUGAAGAUUUUUUAAGGGACCUUCAAAAUACAGGGUACUGGAUAUGAGCUUGUACAUACUAACUACAUCGAACCUUCACACUCUCCCAGGACACUUUCUCAACUUUUACCACAUUGCCUCACGUACUGUAGGUUAUGUUGGACAGAAGUAGCCCUGUUUAUGACAGCACGUUGCUUUGGUGUCAUCAACAAAAUUAGCCCCAGUUUUUAAUACACUGUAUAUUUUGUAUGUGACUCGCUGCACAUAAGUAAAGCAUAAGAACAUGGGACACACUUGUAGAUGAGUUUUAAAGGAAGAAUCCACUGCAUUUAUCAUCAGUCUGUGAUAUUUUUCAGGGGCUUUCAGGAGUUUUUUUUGUGAUUCAGUGUUGCAGUUUCUCUGGCUUUUCCUUUAAUCUGCUUCGUCUACCACCAAACAACAAAACAGACCCAGAAAUGUGAGGUUAAUUUCCCGUCGCUGUUUUUUUUUUCUUUUUCAGGUGGAUUUUUCCUUUAAUAUCAGUCAUAAGUAGGGCUAGGAUAAACUGUGAAUUAGACAUGCAGAAUUAGCAGGCGGCCGUUAACGUAGCAAUGGAGGCCGAUGGGCAGAAGUGACAGCGAGGGGAAUGAAGGCAGCGAGCGUAGACGUCACUUAGAGUGAGUUGAGAAGAAGCUUUGAAAACGUCACAGUCACACAGAGACGGGGGGGGGGGUGUCACCAUCAGGUGGUGAUGGCUCCUCCAUCUGCACAGUUCAGGUCCAUGAUGCAUCCCACUCUGUAUUUUAGGAGACUGUAGCUUCACAUUCAGCUGAGUGUUUGCCUUAGAGGGGUCUCAAGCUGAUAAUAACUGUUCAAAAUCCUAGAUGUGGAUUUUGUGUACUGUAGGAACACUUUAGUCUGAACCAGCCAUGUGAUUCAAUAUUGGACCUCUUUUUUGACAUUCUGGGCUUCAGACAGGAAAUUUACACAGUCCAGUCUGGAUUGAAGAGACAAAUAACACAACUUUAAGUGGACCGUCACUCCAUCCUAGAAUUGUUUUUUUACUUCAUUUUAUUUUUCCUUCCUCACUCAUCCCCCUGAAACCUGAACGACAAGGCAAGACUUGUUUCGUGUUAAGGCUUUCUCAUUUCACGGUUAAAAUCCACCCCGUGGCUGCACGUCAGUGUGUGAAUGAGGAAACCUAACAGGACUCGAUCCUGCGAGGUUUUACUCCCUUUGCGCAAACUCGACUCUCUGGUCCCGCUCUCAGUAAGCAGCGUUGCCUUCACUGUCUUAAGGAGGGGACCUGCUGAGAGCUGCAGAACAUGGGAAUGAGGUGCUUUCACUGUCUGAUCAUCUGUGAAAAGCAAGGAAGGGAAAUAACAAAAUCACAUGUUCUAAUAGCAGUGUUACAAAACCACUUCAGACGGCGUGAACUAAGCAGCAUAUUUUUAACUUGGACUUAGUUUUUAGUCUUGUUUCUGCAAUUUUUAUUAUGUAACCCUUCAGAUAAGUAUGCGACUGCAGUGGUUUUUAAAUUGUAAUGCACAUCUUAUGUUGAAAAUGUUUACAGAAGCAAUUGUUUUGUUAAACCAAUGUGCAUCAAUAUGAAUAUUUAUGGUUUAUUUUGAGGGCAGUUUUUCCCUGUUUUGUAUUUUGUAUUAUUCCCCUUUUGUACUAUCAUUUAGACAUUUGUGUACAGGAAUAAUCGACUUUUGCUCACAAUACGAAUUUCGCCAAGUCCAGAGUGUGAUUUCACUGACUCCUCUACAUCCUGCAUUGUGCAGUGUGCCCCUGGCUGCGUGGCAGCGUGGAUCAAAUGUUCUCCAACUGCCAGGUGACAUGUUUUUCCCUCAGAUGUCUCUCUGCCAUGCCUCUCUAAUUUAUGUCCUCUCUGUGUGUACUAUGGGAAUUACUGUAUUUUCCUGAAGGUCUUUUUUUUCCAUUGAAUAAAAUCAGAAGUAAUUUACA